CGAGUCUGACAGCGCGUCGCGUCCCAACUCCAAGCCACAUUCUUGUCCACCAGCUUGAGAAGUACCCUGAUUGCUUCUCCAUUCUCAGUUUGCUUGCACUUUGCGUUGAUCCAGAGAACAGGAAGCAUCUCUUAAAUUCUGUACAUGAGACUAAGAUCUCCAUAAUAAUUUUAGCUUAGAAAAUUUGUUUCAAAGAAAUACAAAAAUAACCAAAAAAUUAGCAUGGGAGAAACUAAUCAAUACGUGUCGGAAGCCGUGAGGCGAAUCGCAGAAGCUUUAGCAAAAGAAAUCAUCGCAAGGAGCCAAGAUUUUGAUGUCGUCGAUCCACCCACGCCGUCGCCCCCAUCGACUUCGCCAUCUCCACUGCCAAGAACCUCUAAGAAUAAAUCUACUCCUUCAAGCCCAACUCGAUCUCAAAGGUCCGAUCGGACCUCGAAACGGAGUUCAUCGAGCACAAAAGCCGUUAAAUGGAAAACACGAAGUGAGAAGGGGCUGUCCAGCGAAUCAUACGAGGUGGAAGCUAUAAUGGCCAAAAGGACUCGAGCCAGCGGAAAUGAGUAUUUACUUCGUUGGGCUGGAUAUUCAUCUGACGAGGAUACCUGGGAAAGUGUCGACCAUAUAAACUGCAACGAACUAAUUGAAGAUUUUGAAAAAAGGAAAGCCGAGGAACGAGCUGCAAAGAAGAAAGCGAAGGAACGCAGGGAGAUUCGUCGACGUGAAUCAGAAUCCAUUGGGGGCAACACGUCGGCCGUGGAAGAGGCACGUCGGUCACCUCAACCACCACAAAAUGAACCAGUUUCCGAUGACGAUGAGCUCAAUGUUGAAGACGUUGACGAGGAGGAGGAGAGAGUGCGGAUUGACCAACUUAGAGCUCAUCUUGAAUCUGACCAUGGUGAGGAUGACUCUCGUCCUGUCACGGAUUCCAAUAUUUCAGAAGACGCUACAAUUUCCAACCAUGAUGUCAGCUCUGGUCGACCUCUUGACCGAAAACGCACCUAAACUUCCUGUCACCACCAACGGAACCAUAAAUGUCCACUGCUUUAAUCCAUAAUAAUUAUUUAACAAAUUUUAUACUAAGUUUUAUUUGUUUUAACUGUUUUAACUGUUUAAAAAUUAAUGACUUUCAUGUCACUAUUCGUAUGUUUUUAGAAUGAACUUAUAUGCAUAC